AUGGGCCAACGAAGCAAGGUUUUGGACACUGAGGGCCCAACGCCCAAAUUUCUCUAUGCAAUUAUUAAGCAGCUAGACAUAAGGAGUGUCAAUUGGAAUCGGGUUGCGUCCGAUCUCGAAAUCUCUAACGGCCACGCUGCGCGCAUGCGGUAUUCACGAUUCAAGUCCCAGAUGGAACCCUCGUCAGCCCAGAAACCCCCAAGAAAGAAAAAUAUCAAAAAAGGCGAGAAUGGCGGGUGCAAGGGUAAUAUGCCAGCAUCGGCCCCACUCCCCAUGUCAAUGCAGAUGCCUUUUCCAAUGCCAGCUCUAGGGUCGGCGCUAAAAAUGGAGCCGUCCGAUUCCCAGUUCCCAUCAAGCACAUCCAUCAAGUGCGAAUCUGGAAGGCAGACGAAUGCUGGAGACUCAGCUUUUGCCGAGAUUUCUGAAUUUCAACACCAUUUCCAGCGCAUGAUUUCUUCCAAUGGCAUGCCGUAUCCAUCGCAUAUGUCCCACUAUGUGCCUCGUGGGUUGCAGUAUUCGAUGACAUCGGGUGUUCCACCUCCGCUACCGCAUUAUGAGCACUCAUUUCCAUCGAUGGCCCUUCCAAAUGAUGUCAAUAUGCAUAACUUCUCUUUACAGCAACCUGCUUUCUACAACGCCCCUGUAAUAACAUGGGAGCCCCCUGCCCCAAUUCAGCGGGAUCCGACACCAGCCAAGAUCAAAGAAGAGCCAGAGGUUGUUCAGAGCAUGGCUUUUCAUGAUGCUCCGAUAAAGAUGGAGAAUCUUCGAAAGGAUAGGCUGAAAGAUGGAGCCGAUGAAAGGCUGCCCUCAUGUAAUUCUCUAGCACUUGAAAUAGCUCUUUAA